ACUCAGUAUCACUUUAACACUAGUGCAGAGACCUGCUGUCUCUCACUCUCUCUCUCCUCUCCCGGUGGAGAUCUGUGGCAUAGUGAACAGCUGUCCUUGUUUAUAUAGUACACUCAUCUGUCUGCUGCAUGAACGCUACCGUCUGUCUACUGUCUGAAAGAUGCCGUCUUUGUGCUGUUCAAGACGCACCCAUCUGCUUGUUGUCACAAUGCUUUCAUCCUGUGUUGUCUAAAUGCCAGUCUGUCUACUGUUUAAACGCUGUCCACAGUGUCAUCCACAUCUCAGAGGUGUCCUCUUAUCUUCUGAAUAUGAUCUUCGUUGUGUCACCUUGGAGUGAAAGUCUUGUAUUCAGUGAAUUUUGAUAAAUUUUUGGGAAACAUCAGCACCCCAUCACUGGUGCGGUCGACAGGGAGUUCCUGAGGCAGUAAGAUGAGCAACAACAGCAAGUUCGAUGAUCUUCUUACCCAGCUCGGCACUAGUAAAUGGAACAUUAUAUAUUUCCUGGCUGCCUCCUUCUGGGUUUUGCUGGUGCCUCCACAGUUUAUCAGUGGAGUAUACCUGGCCCCAGCUGUCAACUACACCUGUCGCCCACCUGAAUCAGAAGAAAUCGUCCAGAUAUCCAAGGACUCAUGCUACUACUCGACAAACAUGUCAUCCUCGCUGGGUCUGGAGGAUGAGCCUUGCACUGAGUGGGACUUCGACACCUCAGUCUUCACCAGCACUCUCACUUCUGAGUUCUCGCUCGUGUGUAAACGAGACCACCUCAGAGCCACAUACCAAAGUAUCUACAUGAUGGGUACCAUCUUCAGCCCUCUGCUUGCCGGCUACCUCGCUGACAGGUACGGACGCUGGCGGGUGGUGUUAGUGAUACAGCUCAUGGCAUCGACUUUAGCCAUAAGUCUAUGUUUCAUACAGAGCUUCACCUUUAUCGUUGUCGCCCGCUUCGUCUUGGGCACCGUUAACCUCCCCACCUUUUUCAUCCUCGCUCUGGAGGUGUGUGAGCCCAAGAACAGAGGCCUGGUGGGUAUCGUGAUGGGACUGCCCUGGGCGCUGGGUACUAUGCUCUGGGGUGCUCUGGCUUACUGCAUUCGUGAGUGGAGGUGGCUACAGGCUGCUGUGUCCUUCCCAAUCCUGCUCACUCUCAUCCCUACUUAUUUUAUAGACGAGUCUCCACGCUGGCUUAUCGUUAACGGACACUACGACAAGGCGUUAAAGGUACUGGAAAAAGCAUCCCGCUGGAACAAGGUCUCACUACCUCCUGAAGAGGACCUCAGAGCCCUCAUGAGGAACAUACAAGAAGAGUCGGCGACGGCUGCCACGGCGAAGGAGUCAGUCCAGGAAGGUUCUGAGAAGUUCUUCAAAAAACUCUCCAGGUUCCUGAGUCUCCCAGGUCUUCUCAGUAACCGUGUCAUCACUGUGGUCACCGUAAUAGUGUGCUUGGACUACUUCACCGCCUCGUUGGUGUUCGACGGACUUAACCUGAGCGGUGACAACUACAGUGCCGACCCCUUCCUCUACAUCGUGCUGGGGGGACUGAUGGAGGUGCCAGGGUACACUAUCACUGGCCCAAUCAUCGACCGCUGGGGCAGGAGAGUGCCCACUGCUCUUAGUUUCAUUAUCUGUAGCAUCCUCCUCCUAACACUUACCUUCAUUCCUUCUGGCUUGUCUUGGCUGGUGGUGACUCUAGCCCUGGCUGGCAAGGUGUGUAUCAGCGGAGCCUUCCAGCUCAUCUACGUCUACGGCUCAGAACUCUUCCCUACAGAAGUCCGACUCCAAGGCCUAGGAGCUGCCUCCGUCUCCGCCCAACUAGCUUCUGUCAUCCUGCCGUACAUCACCACCUACCUGGGGCCUCUGGUUCCUUGGGCGCCGUCAGUAAUAUUCUCGUCGAUGUCACUGAUGGCGGGUGUGACCUCCAUGGUUCUACAUGAGACAGCAGGCGAGGUGCUACCUGACACCAUCACAGACCUCAAAAACAUCGGAUCACGCAGGAAUCAAGAAAAAAAUGCUGAAUCCACAGAAAUAGAGCAAACACGAUUUUAAGACGGCAAUGUGCAGGAGUAACUGAACUAGAUUUAAUAUUUCUUUCGGUCUGUUGCAUGACAUACGCCGAGGGGCCACAAACUCUGGAUUUUGCAUCUGUAGUCAAUAAAGGUUAGAAUUAUGUGUUGGAUAUUCGGCCUAAACAAUUAGAUCUGUGCCAUCAAAUUUUUGCACGCAAUAACGAACAUACAGUAAAAUGUAUAAUUUUGUGAUUGACAAAAAUACCAUGGAUUAAAUUCGUAUUUACAUUAAUAUGCCUACGAACGAAAUAUUCGUGAAUAGAUAAUUUCAGUUUUAAUUUCCAUUAUUUGCCCAAGCAAGCCAAGAUAAAAUAACCUUUCUUGAUAAAAAUAUUACGAACUCCAACGUUAUUACCAUUUUUUAAAGAGGUAGACAGGUAAGCCAGUGGAAGGCCUCGGUCAGAUAACCAAAAGCUCCAGUGGCGAGUCAUCAUAUGACUAUGACCUGCGUCAGGAAACAAUUAAUUGUCCUGUUUCCUGAUGAAUCACACCUAACAUAACUUUAUUACCAGUUAUGUUUUUAUUCAGAUUCAAUGCACAAGUUAUUUUAUUACGAAUGUCUUUAAAUAAUAAUUUAUCUGUAAAUGAUUAUAGGAUUACCCAUUAAAAUUAUUGUGACUUA